AUGUCAUCUGCUCAAAGCUUACAAUUAAUGGCUGUGCUUUGUAUUACGGUCCUGCUUCUGCUGCUACCAGCAGGUGCAGAAAUGCAUUCAUCUUACCAACAUUAUGGCGGAUUUAUGGGCGGCACGGGAGGAAACGACAUUGAGACAGCUUUGUCGGCGGCAGCAGCAGGCCAUUCUGAGGAUUCAGUGGGCUCAAACCCUCGGCGAUCCCUUGUUGACACUGCCAAGCAAAACCGAACCUGCAUUUUAGGCAAGUAUGAAUGCACAGUCGACCUUCGCUAUUUCGCCAGCCUAAACCAGCGCCCAGCGACGGACAUUCAGAAACUGCUGGCGCGUAGCAUAGCAGAUCAAUGCUAUUCCGAAGAUACUGCUGGAGCUGUUACAGCGCUCGGCUGCCCGUACAACUCGGGGGGCAUAUUUCAUGCCAGCUUGCUUCGGAACUUCGUCUACUGCCCUGGCUCGUUGCUUGAUCAAGCCAUAACUUGUCUGGAAACUUCCAGCGAGACGAGCUGCAGCUCUAACACAGCUUGCACCUGGACGAACCGGUACCUGGCAGUGUGGAGUGACUACAGGCAACUGAAUGCGUCUACGGUCAUGAUGAAUGCAAUUGAUGCUGCAAUGAUAAACCUUGGCUGGCUCAAGGGGCCCCAUGACGAAGACCUUACGGACAACUACGACACCAACUCCGGCGGCAUUAUGCCGUUCAAGUACUGCGCUGCAAGGUGGACCAUCAAUCAAACCUUCCUGAUGUCGUUGUACAACACCUACACCGACUGGCAAAGGGCCGCGUUCAUCUCUGGACCAGCCUAUCAAGGCCCCAUCGCAUUAGUGGGCACGGCAGGUCAGACUCUCACAGGCAGCUGCCCUGCGGGCCAGAAGCUCACCUCCAUGGCCGCCGCGUGCACCAAUAAUGUGACUACGAAGGCCAAAUGCCAGGCUCUCAACGCCAACGGGAUCUACUGCAGCUGGAACCUAACGACGGGCGUUUGCACACCCUACGCACUGCCAUCGCUCGGUGAUUUCCUCACCAGCGAGUAUGCAGCCGACCCCUGGAUAGCAGAUCUAUACAAGAUCUCGCUUGCGUGCUCAGGCUACAGCUCUACCAACGCCACGGCCUGCGCAGCCGGCGGCAGCCUCUUCACGUACAAUACCUCCCAGCUGGGUGCAUUCAGCGUGGUUGUCCCCUCGUGGUACUUGCCACCAGAGGCGAGCAGCCCACCAUCCCCUCCACCGGCGGCUGGCACUGCGCCACCUGCGGGGCUACUGGGGACACCGCCCGCAGGUGCUGGGGGGAGUGGGACCCCACCCCGGGCGAGUCCUCCCCCACCCAAGGCCGGUGGGCCGCCACCCCCGGCGGACGGCUCUUCCUCGGCACUGCGAAUGGGGCGGCUGACGGCCCUGCUUCAAGCAGUCGUGGCGGUGCUGGCCGUCUGGCUGGGCGGCGGCGUCCUCAUCGUGGCAUUGUAG